CAGGCUAGUCGCUGAUCCUUGAUUUUCCUCAAUGUCGCUCUAUUUUCAACAUCUCUUGUCCUCUCACUCGUCAGGGCUCCAGGACAGAUUUUCCUCCCGACAGAACUUGCAUGGGUGACGUCAAGGCUGCACCAUCGUUCUCCGUAAGGCGCAUGUCAACCUCCCUAGCAGCCUGCUAGCAGCAGGUUAGAUGAAGCAAUCGUCAAAAUCAAAGAACAGUUGGAGUUGGGCAGUCGGAAGCUCUGUGAACACCGAGGAGAUGGAGCGAGCUGCCAAACGAGCAAGGCAGGAUGAGAACUCUACAUUUCGACCCAGUGGGCUCACCAUCAACGGCCUACCCGUGACCUUACUGGCCGAUCUCAAGCCUUCAAUCAUCACCCACGAGGAGUAUACAUCCAGCAGCAGUGUCUUGAGCAAUGCUCUGAGGGAGCAGCGUGCCUGCAUCGUGGACGUGGGUGCAGAGAUGGCCUGCAUCCUCAGCCAGGCACUGCCUGACGGCGACCCAUUGUUCCAGAAAAUGCCGGGAAUGUCUGAAUACAAAUUCAGGAAUGGAGACGUGUAUAUGAACAGACCGGAGAAGGAAUUGUUGCGCGUCAUCAUAUCUUCAGAUUCAAAAGAGACCUCCUUGACAAAGGCACUGAUGACGCUGGACUCAGUUGGCCGCACAUGCCUGAGUGCUCUGGCCCACGCCAUAAAGCUGCGCCACGAUACCUUCCUGACCAUCCUGGACGACGUACCAUCUGCAGAGCCCGCAUCAUCAAUGCUGGACAUUGUCAAGUACAAGGCAGUCAGGCGAGGGGGCUGCGCAGCUCAUGAGGACCAGGGCCUCCUGACUCUCAUCUACAGCCCUCAAGGCGGCGCCCUGCAG